AUGGUUAAAAGUGCAACUAUGGGGCUAAGAUUGCAAUUGGAGGUCAUACUUGAAAAUUAUGGGUUAGAAUGGCAAUUGGAGGUCAUCAUGUCUAACCAAGGUGAUAGAACGCAAGACGUAGUAGAUAUGUCAUCCAUAGCAAGUUCAUUGGCUAUGAUCAUGAAUCAAAUCUCGGGCAUGCAAACGGGUAUGGAAGAGAUGAGAGGAGAAAUGAAUGGGAAGUUGAAGGCUAAGGAUGAACGGAUGGUGAACCUUCCUACGUUCCAAGGAGGAAGCAACCCCGAAGAAUUCCUUGAAUGGAAAUUGCAAAGUGAGCGCAUCUUCCUCACGAACAAUGUGUCCGAGGCCUUAAAGGCAAAGUAUGCCCUCACUCAAUUUGAGGGAUACGCUUCUACUUGGUGGGAAUCCAAGAAGUUACAAAGAGCUCAACAACACAUCUAUGAUCUCCCAACUUGGAACGACUUGAUUGAGCUCAUGGAGACUAGGUGGCUUCCAUCCACAUACCACCAAGAUGCACUCAAAAGGUUGUACAUGUUGAAGCAAGGGUCGAAAAGUGUGGAAGCGUACUUUGAUGAGUUUGAGGACUUGCGGAUGAAGUCCAAGAUAGAAGAGCAUGAAGAGUACACUAUUAUAAGGUUUGUAGCCAAUUUGAAUCGAGACAUCGCUAAACCAAUGAGGCUCAAAACCUAUAAUAGUCUUGAAGAGGCAUUCCAUGAUGCAUCCAAGGUUGAGGCGGAUCUAAAGAAGAGAGGUCCUACAAAGACAAAAGCAAAUCAUCUUCAACUUGGAUCAAAAACAAAGAAAAGUGGAAAACUUCCACUUGGGAUAAGCCCAAGAGCAACACUCAAGCACCUCAAGCCAAAUUCGAUUACAAAGCCAAAGGUGAUGACAAGGCUAAAGGAGUGCCAAGGGAGAGGGCACAUUGCGAGUGAGUGUCCCAACCGGAGGACUAUCACAAUAGUGAGGGAUGGGUAUCAAACCGAUGAUGAACAUGAGGGCGGGGAUGGUCAUGAAGAAGAGGGAGAAAGAAGUGAGUGUGAGGGUGAUUCCGAUGAAGAGGUUGAGAUAAGGUAUGAAGAAGCCUUGAAUCAUGCUAUUGUGGCUAGAAGAGCCAUGGGGGCUCUAGCUAGGGAAGAGAGCGACCAAAGGGAGAAUUUAUUUCAUGCACGAUGCAAAAUUGUGGAUAAGGUGUGCUCUUUAAUCAUUGAUGGUGGAAGUUGUACGAAUGCCGUUAGCCAAUUUUUAGUUGAAAGUAUGAAAUUCCCCACCCGCAAGCACACUAAUCCCUACAAACUCCAAUGGUUUAAUGAAUGUGGCGAAAUGAGGGUCAACAAGCCAGCCAUUAUCAAAUUUAGCAUUGGCAAGUACCAAGAUGAGAUUUUGUGUAAUGUGGUACCCAUGCAAGCUUGCCAUCUAUUGCUUGGAAGACCUUGGCAAUUUGAUGUUGAUGCCCAACAUAGUGGGAGAACUAACGAGUACUCAUUUGUGGUCAAGGGGAAGAAGUACAUUCUUAACCCACUAACCCCUUACCAAGUGAGUGAGGAUUAUCAAGUGAUGAGGGAGCUUCGGGAGAAGUAUCAAAGGGAAGAAAAGGAGAAGGGUGAGAAGGAGACUUUGUUGGUCAUAAAUGGAGAGGGGACAUCUCAAGAUGGUUCCAAGAAAUGCUUGUUGGCCAAACCAAGUAAUUGUUUAAAGGGUUGA